AAUCAUAGAAUCAUGGCAUUGUGCGAGAGUCAGCUUGAUUCUGUAAUGCAAAUCAACGGUACCGAGACAUCUGGUGAACAAAAUUCCCCCGAUAAGAAGAGAAUGGAGCCGAAUGGUGAUAUUUAUGGUUUAGAUAAAGUGCCUCCACUACCGCUUAGCGUCGACUACCGCUCCCCGGUAUCCCACUUCGUACCUCCGGCUGUGGAAUUGUACGCGGCGAGACACAAGCCCGAGCUUAAUGUCGUUCCCGCUACAAGCGAAACGCCUCCGCCUCAGAAGAGAAAACGCGGUCGGCCAAGGAUCGAUAAAACUAGCCCUGAGUACUUGGCCAACUUAGCUGCGAGGAAACAGGCUCGUGAAAUGGCGGCCGUUAUGAAUAACAGACCGGACUCAAGUGCCGAGAAACGUAAGAGAGGAAGACCAAGAGUCGAUAAGACUAGUCCGGAGUAUUUGGCAAGAAAACGGGCAAGAGAGAUUGCUCUGGAGAAAAAGGCGAAACGAGAGUAUCGGAGACGGACAACUGGUGCGAAAGUAGUGAAGACUACCAAUGUGACGGGACGCGUCAAAAAAGUGACCGUCGCUAAAAUAGGAACGAUUAGGAAAAAUACGCAAAAGAUACCAGUAAGGAAGGCGGGCGAUAAAAAAAUGAUUAUACGGAGAAAUGCGAAAUUUCUAAAGCGGAAAGAUUCGGCGGCGUCCUCAUCUGCCGGCGAAUCGACGCCUCGCGUUAAAAGGAAAUAUACGAAAAGGGCACCGAACUCGAGUAACUCGACGCCCAAUUCUGACCGUGUCAAAGGCAAGCGGGGACGACCAAGGAAGACUGACCAAGUGACCUCUAAACAACCGGAUCAACCAAGUGAGAUGAUCCGCGUUAGAAGCAAUUUGAUGCCACUGAAUACGGAACCAAUCACAGUCGACAGUGACGACGAGCCCGAUCUUGGAUCGCCGAGCCAAGCGUCCGAUUCACUAAGUUUGGACGAGAACCUCCGCGCUCUGAGACAUAUACACGAGAAAUAUGCGAAUAUCGACAAGGAUGAUAUGUACGAAGCACACUUGCUCGCUGCGAAUUUCAAGAAACCUCCGAUGGACCAAGUUCAGAGGCUGGCUAGAGAUGAAGACGAGGUGCUAUCAGUUCGGAGCUCGGAAGAUUGUGCAUCUGUCAAAGAAAUGGACGCAAGAAUCGACAGGUUGGACGAGAGCUCCAAUAGUUCGGACAGUAGCAGUUCGGCGUCCAGCGUGGACGGUAGUUCGAGUUCGUCAUCGUCUUCAUCAUCAUCGGGCAGUUCGUCAUCGUCGGACAGUUCUGACAGCGACAGCGAUGAUGAAAGUCCGGAGACGGAGAGUCGGACGGCGAACAGUGUUGAGGACGAUAGUAGAUCUUUCGGCGCCUGGUCGUACAGCCUCCAAUCCGGCACGAACACGGACUCCGGUUCGGAUUCCGAUCCGGAACGGAACGGUCCGGUCGAGCCGAUUCCGGCACAGGAUGAAAUAAGUGAAUCCGAGAACGAGUCGGCCGAUAAAAGUUUUCAAUGUCAUCUGUGUAGAAAGUGGUAUUCAACGAGGGUUACUCUCAAAAUACACAGACGCGUCCAUCAGAACAAGGGUGGAGGCAACUCUAGGUCUCGCACUCGGUCCUCUGAUCGCUACGAGUGCGACUGCUGUAAUGAGACCUUCAACCGCCGUGAGAAGCUUUGGGAGCACAAGGCUGAAGUACACAGGGGUUCUAUGACGGUCCGCUGUGAAGUAUGUAGAAAGUGCUUUGAGGACGAUGCGGAGCUCGCCGCACACGAUCGUACGCAUACAGCCGAUGAGCGUGCGGGUCGCUGUUCCGAGUGCGGCGCGUCGUUCGCACGCUACGAGCAACUGCGCCGCCAUCGCACGCACGCGCACGGCGCCGCGCCCGCGCCGCGCCUGCCGCACGCCUGCGCGCAGUGCGGCAAGCGCUUCUCGCACGCGCACUCGCUCACGCGCCACAUGCACAACCACGCCAAGCAGCUCUACCGCUGCGUCGUCUGCAAGGCGUCGUUCGCCCGUGCCGACCAGCUCGCUCAGCACCUGAACAGCCACCUCGCAAACUACAAACGUCUCAAGCAAUAA